AAUCAUGAAAAUGCAUGCAUGAGAAGGUUAUCAAAAAAAAAACAGAUGUGCGAGACGCAACCUCUCAUAUCCAUCUUGAAAUGCUAAUGUAUUUGUAUCUUAAUCAUCAUAUUUAUAGCUUGAGAAUGAGUUGGUGAGAAUUGUGUACAUGCAGAGAGCUUACAAGGAUAAUAUAGUUUGAAUGAAAACUGGAUCUUUUUUGCUUUUGAAACAAUUUUUGCUGAAUUGAUGGAGAUAUGAAUUCCUUUUGGGUUUCUUAGAUGGAGUUUCUGGAGUCUGGAAAAUCCAACUUUUAAGGUUUUGAUUGAAAGAGUUCCAAGGGAUUUAAAGAAGACGAUGGGUUGUGGGGUUCACUCGGAUUGGAGUCGCGAGGAAGAUAAGAUUUUCGAGAGGGCCCUUGCUGUCUACGACAAAGAAACUCCUGACCGAUGGCAGAAUGUGGCAACCAUGGUCGGAGGAAGAAGCAUUGACGAGAUCAAGAGGCACUAUGAUAUUCUUGUGGAGGAUCUCAUCUGCAUUGAAUCUGAUAAAGUCCCGCUCCCCAACUAUGUAAUGCCGGCAGAUCGGAGACCUGAACAAGUUCAGGAUAGCGGCCGGUGGACCGAGAAGGAACAAAGGCUCUUCUUGCGCUUGAGUAUGAAUUGAUGGAAUCUAGCUCUUUUGCUUGUUGCCUACAGGAAUUUUCUAUUUUCCUGCAUUGUGAUUGGUCUAUGUCAUCAUUGACGUUAUCAGCAUGGCUACAUUAAGAAUUUGGAUCCUCUUCUUGCAACAAACAAGAAGUUCCUGCAUCUGUUUGUAGCAAUCUGAUUGGGCCACAUCAUCACACAUUGCAUUUAAUGCAUCAAUGCAAUGUCAAUGAUGACGCAAUGACCAAAAUUAAUGUAGCAGUGCUGACAAUGUCAGUAAUGAUGUGGACCAAUCACGAUGUAGGAAAACAGAAAUUUUCUGUUUGUGACAAGCAAAGGAUUCAGAUUCGUUCAUUAAAUACAGUGGGUGAUAAUGUGGCCCAAUCACAUUGCAACAAAUAAGAAAUUUUGUUUGUGGCAAGCAUAAGUGAAUAGAGGUGAAUUGAUGAUACUUGGAGAGGUGAAUUGAUGAUAUGAUGACUGAACUGAUGAUAUGAGACUCGAAUUGAUGAUAAUACGACUGAUGGGAGAUGGAACUCAUCUUGCCAUAUAUUUUUUUAUAUAUAAUAUGAUACUAGUGUGAAUGAACAUGAUAUCCAGAGAGAGUGGCAUUGCACCCAUGUACAUCUUAGUUAGAGAAGGUUGUUCCAUAUUUCAGUAGUAAGUGGCUCUGGUCUCUGCCACUUUGGAUUCCCUUGGCCAUGUUGUAACCCAAGUGGGUUAAGCUCCAAAUUCAACUCUUUAGAUUUGAUGGUUAA